ACAUAUCAACUUCUUUCUACACUGCACAUGUGGUUUAUGAAUGAAGCCUGAAUGAAAGAAGGAAUUAAGGGAAAAUAAGCGACAGGUUUGUGGAUAUAAACACUGACAAUGGCAGACAGCAAUGAGAUGACCAUCAACCUUGUUGUGCUUGGAAAGACUCAGACUGGCAAAAGUGCUGCUGGGAACAGCCUGCUGGGCAGUGCAGACUUUGAGAGCCAUCUCUGCCCCAGCUCCGUGACCACGCGCUGCAGCCUGGGACGCAGCGGCCGCAUUUCGGGGCUCCUCCGCAGAAAUGGCUGCGAGGCAGCUCUCCGUGUUCGAGUGCUGGACACUCCCAGCUACCCUCACAGUGCUCUGAGCAAACAGCAAGUGAGGGACACCGUGAGAGCAGCCCUGGCUCAGCACUUUGGGGAGGAAGGCCUGCACUUGGCCCUCUUGGUCCUGAGGGCUGACCUGCCUCUGUGUCCAGAUGAAAGCCAUGACACAGUUCAGCUCAUCCAGGAACUUCUGGGUCCCACGUGGAAGGAUUUCACUGCAGUACUACUUACUCAUGCAGACAAGGCAGAAGAGGCUGGAUACACUGAGGAAACAUAUUUGCACAGCGCCUCAAGUACCCUGUUGUCACUUUUGAGCUCAGUACAGCAUAAAUACAUCUUCCUCGACAACCACAACAGCACAAUUAAAGAGGAAAGAAAUAUUGUCUUAAGAAAGCUCUUGAAUUUUAUACAAAGAAAUAAUUAUCAAGUACUACUUAAACACAGCAAGGAAUAAAAUUAAGGUGCUCACUUGUCUAUUUCCUACAGUAGGUAACAUCUAAUAGAAAUAAAAGAGUAAAAGCCAUUAACUGUAAAACUCCAUAUCCAUACCAAACACCUUUGAACACACAAUUAGAAAUAUCUCUUUAGCUUAUCAAACUACCUGCCUUCCACAGAGAACCUUACACUACUGCAUUCAGAAUCCUAGAUUCAACCACAAAAUCAGAACAAGCUAGUGCUCCAAAAUCACGCUCCUAAUACGUGUGUAGUUACAAACGGGAUUUUGCACUACACCAGACUGUAUAUUCCAGUUCAUACAGAAUACAAAUCUGAAGAAUAAAAUAAAAUUUAAACAGAAAAAAAAGUAAAAAAAGAAGUAAAAAAUGCAUGAGUUCAGACACAGGGGGCCUGUUUGCUCAAUUCUUCAAGCCUUCAGAAGUUCCUCUGAACUUCGAUUUCUAAAAAGAGUUUUCUGGUACUAAAAGCUAGGAUUCAUCUGUUGUCAAAGUAUUCCCCACCACGAUUCAAGAUUAGUUAUAAAUGAGUUCUUGAACUACAAUGCUUUUAUUUAGUAAGACAUUAUAGGAUAUACAGUUUACAAGGCAGAUAAAUGGCUUCCAUGUGCUUAAUACUAUUCAGCACAUUUAAAAGAACUAAUUACUAUUACUUAUUGCCAGAUGCAUGAAAAGUAACAGUUUACAGGCACAAACAAAACUCAUUCAAAAAGAAAAUCUGUUCAUAUCCUCUUUAUGCAUGUCCCUUUUAAUUUUAUAUCACUGUCAUUUUGUUUUCUCUCCACUUACUGGAUGAAGUUCAAAGCCUGCAAAAUUUAGAAAGGCUCAAGUUUGUUUUUAAUUUCAAUAUUUAAAAUAGUAUUUACUGUUUCAAUGAUUAUACAGCAACAAUUUAGUUUAAUAUUAUAUGCAAAAAUAUCUGAAUUAUCUCUAUAUAGCUACUUAAAAGAGUUAUUGAAAAUGGAUCCAAAAUAUUUAUUUUCAUAUUACUGAAAGUAAGGAAUUAAAAAAAUGAAUUUGAGGCUAAUAGCCUAGCAACAUGACUAUUUGUACAACAUUACUAUGAAAUAACUCUAACUCCAAAAAUUGAAGAAGCUAUUUCUGUUAAAACCAAAGCACUAUUUGUACAAAACAUCAUUGCAUAAAAGCACAUUAAAACAGAACCAAAAAAAUCAAUUAAUUUUAUACCUGUUUGAGCACUGGAAACAGAAUUAUUUUUUGGUUUGCUUGCUUUUUGGGUUUUCUUGGGCGUUGGUUUUUUUGGGGUUUGUGGGAUUUCUUUCAUUUUUUAUUAGUUCCAGGAAUCUGCCAUUAAUUAUUUCUUAGUCCUACCUAUGGGUUUGGAAGGAUGGGUGGACCUGGGUGGACUAAAUAAAGAACUAUUCUAGCAAACUAGCAGCUUUGAUCUUAAUGAAAUUGCAACGAGUUCUGGGGACAUGCAAGUGUGUCCACUUGUACAUCCUACAUAGGGCAUAAUUUCAUCUUCCAGUUACAAUUGACUGCAGACUACACAGAGAACACAGGCAAGAACUAAGGUGCAGAGUCUCACAAUACAUCUGAAAACAGCUUGGAAGAAGAGGAGAAAAUUAUUACAGAGUGACUAGAAGAAUAAAGACAAUUGUGAUCUUCACUAACCAACUGCUAGUCCUGCAAUUAGCACACAAGGAACAUGGCAGAGUAUUUUCCUUAUUUCCUUUAGCUCUUGCUAAAUAGAAGCUCUACACCUUCAAGCUGUCCAGAAAAUUUACUUGCCUGCCUGUGGUCCCACCACAAACAAGCCUUGGCAAUUAAGUUAUGA